AUGUCAUUUCAGGAUAGAACAACAGAAUUUCAAGCAUGCGUUGCAAAUACCAGAGCUCGUAUGAGGAAUUCUUCAUCAAAUGCAACAACGAACAAUGCGUUACAAGCAAAGCAUCAAAAGAGCGAGUUUACAACAGUUGCAAAAAAGAUAGCUUAUAAAAUCAAUGAGACAGGAAAAUAUCUACAACGUUUAUCCCAACUCGCUAAAAGGAAAACAUUGUUUGAUGAUCGGCCAGUGGAAAUUCAGGAAUUGACAUAUCACAUUAAACAAAGUCUGUCAUCUUUGAAUUCAGAUAUUGCUUCUCUACAGCAGAUUGUUCGUCAAACCUCAAAGGGAUCCCGAAAUAAGCCUGCUCAAAUAAACCAACACAAUGAAAACAUUGUCGUCUCUCUCCAAAAUUCCCUCGCUGAUACCAGUAUGAAUUUUAAAGAUAUUUUAGAAGUUCGCACUCAAAACAUGAAAGCCUCCCAAAACCGAACAGAAAAGUUUGUUGCUUCUACUUCUCUAAAUACAAACCCUCUGGCCAACAAUAACACUACUGCAUCACCUUUUAAUUAUGAUGAAUCUGAGCCAAAUGAAGAUUACCUUGCGUUAAAUUUAGGAGAAGGUGCAAAUACCAGAUACGAACAAAUGGCAUUGUUGGAAAAUCAAACAGACGUGUAUUCUCAACAAAGAAUGUCUUCCAUUGAAAGCAUUGAAAGUACAAUUUCUGAGCUUGGUGGAAUAUUCUCCCAAUUGGCUCAAAUGGUGUCUGAACAGCGUGAAACUGUUCAAAGAAUUGAUCUUUACACAGACGAUAUAGCGUCCAAUAUAGGAAGUGCUCAAAGAGAAAUCCUGAAGUUUUACGAUAAAGUAUCUUCAAACCGUGCGUUACUCUUUAAAGUCUUCGGCAUACUAAUUGUGUUUUUCCUUUUAUGGGUACUUGUAACUUAA